UGGUGUGCACGAUCCGCAGGGCUGUUUGACAGGCACUCUGGACACGGAGAGACAAGUCGCCUCACGGUGACACGCUGGCUGCAUCAUACCGAUUUUGACCUAACAGCAGAUUACGGGGUACGGAAAUGAUCGUCUCCUGCGUACCGUCAUCAACAUAAUUGAGUUUGCUUCAAGGACCAUAUGCUAUUCUGCCUGAUUCUGUCCUUGUAAAUAAGCUUGUGGCAGCAUCCACAGAAUGCUUUAUUGAACUAGACAGAGAUUGGUUUGUAACGGGAUUGAGAAUCGCAGUGACAGAGGACAGAGGACGGACGUCAUGGUGAAUACAUACAUGAGAUACCCUAUCGCAACAUUUAGACUACCACUGGAUCUAUACUCUUCAUUUUGUGAGGAAUUUUCACGGAGCACGGACCAAGAUUGUGAAUGAGAGCUGUAUCAGACCGAUUCUUAUUUCAGAGUUGCGUCUUUCCAUUAGGUUCAGCCAAAUAUUUCCGUAUAUGCGGUAACGGAUUGUAUUCGACUCUCCCUUGGAUUACUCUCUUAUGACUCCUAUUUGAGUGGGCUCUGACAUAAAUAUGGCGAGCCUCGACCUCCUUCACAGACCGUCACGGUGAAUGGAUGGACACACAAAGGCACAAGGAUCUCAGCUCAGAGAGUGAAUUAAAGCCUCUUCCAUCUGCACAGCGGGGGAAAGGGCCUCUGUGGAGCCGGGGAGGCACAAGCCAGAGGUCGAUAGCGAGAAAGAAGUAAUGCUGCUUCGGUGAUUGUCUUUCAGUCUGAGCCACUCAUCUUUCCUGCCAUGGCCCUACCGUCAGCUCUCUGUCCUCCUGAUGCUCUCUCAGUGGGAACGUAGAGAGACACACACUGGAGACACACUCUCCAGCUCCACACACACCCACACACCUCCACGAGGAGUGUGGACAGACCUCAUGCAGAGAUCCCAUACACACACACACUCAGGACAGGAGCACAACACACCUUUGUUAUAUGUUUUAGCCUGAUAGGUCAUUAUUUGUCCCUUCCCAGAAUUGGAUUAAGAUUUUAUAUUGUGACUCUCUCUCCUGUGUGAUUGGACCUCUCAGUAGCUUUAGGGUUGUUGUCCUGCUGCUUUAUGGUUGUGUCUCUCUGGGACGUUGUGACUGAGCGGCAGGUGGAGCCAGCAUGGCUAGGCCUUUGCUGAAGAUUCAGCGCUACUUCCGGAGGAAACCCGUGCGCUUCUUCUCCUUCAUCCUCCUCUACCUGACAGCCGGGAGCCUGGUGUUCCUGCACUCUGGCUUCGUAGGGGACAACUCCACAGGGGCCAAUGGGGGCCGGGACCCCCUGGUGGCGUCUGAGAUGGGGAACAGGGUGGCCUCCUCAGAKGGCCGGCGGGUAGGGAUGAUGGGAAGGGUGUUCAAGGAGAACCGCAGACCCACCCCGAGGAGGUACGGCCCUCCAUGGAUGAAAGGAGCUGCUGGGAAGGACAGCCAUGACUGGAGGGCCCGGGGAGGAGACUACACAAGCAGCUGGAACCGUGCCCUCAAAGGACGCAACGCCAAAGAUCUGGAUGACGGACGGGCGAAUUACAUCGGCUGCUAUAUAGACAACACGGCGAAAAGAGCACUCAGGGGAGUGUCCUUUUUUGACUACAAGAAAAUGACGGUCUUCCGUUGCCAGGACAACUGUGCUGAAAGGGGCUACCUGUAUUCAGGCCUAGAGUUUGGGGCGGAGUGCUACUGUGGCCACAAGAUCCAGGCCCCCAAUGCAUCUGAGAGUGAAUGCAACAUGGAGUGUAAGGGCGAGAAGGGCAACCUGUGUGGAGGGGCCAACCGCCUGUCAAUCUACAGACUGGAGCUGAGCCAGGAGUCAGCGCGCCGCUAUGGGAGUGCCAUCUUUAAGGGGUGCUUCCACAGACCUGACAACGUCACCCUGGCCCUGCCCAUCAGCGCUGUCAUCCAGAACAUGUCAGUGGAGAAGUGUGUGGACUUUUGCACAGAGAAGGAGCUGUCCCUAGCGGUCCUGGCUGGAGACAGGUGUCUCUGUGGGUUCCCCACCCCCCACUUCUCCCUCCAUGAGAUGGAGGAUGAGGAAAUGUGCAUGCACCGCUGCCAUGGUGAAGAGUUUGAGAGCUGUGGGAAUGACAAGUACUUUGUGGUGUACCAGACACAGGUCCAAGAUAACCGUUGUAUGGACCGGCACUUCCUGCCCACGCGUUCCAAGCAGCUGAUGGCCCUGGCCAGCUUCCCCGGGGCUGGCAACACCUGGGCCCGCCACCUCAUAGAGCUGGCCACUGGCUUCUACACAGGCAGCUACUACUUUGAUGGCUCCCUCUACAACAAAGGCUUCAAAGGUGAGCGAGACCAUUGGCGGAGUGGUAGGAACGUCUGCAUUAAAACACAUGAGAGCGGCAAGAAGGAGAUUGAAGCCUUUGACGCCAGCAUCGUCAUGAUCCGCAACCCUUAUAAAGCCCUCAUGGCUGAGUUCAACCGCAAGUACGGCGGCCAUAUUGGAUUUGCCUCACAGGCCCACUGGAGAGGGAAAGAGUGGCCUGAGUUUGUGAAGAACUAUGCUCCUUGGUGGGCAUCCCACACGCUGGACUGGCUGCGUUAUGGGAGGAACGUCCACGUGGUCCACUUUGAAGAGCUGAAGAGGGAGCUGUUCUCCAAGCUCAAGGACAUGGUCCUGUUUCUGGGCCUGGAGGUGGCCGAGGACCGCCUGCUCUGUGUAGAGGGACAGAAGGAUGGCAACUUCAAGCGCUCUGGCCUGCGUAAGCUGGAGUAUGACCCGUACACACCCGAGAUGCGUGCUAGCAUUGACGAACUGGUCAUGACUGUAGACGCUGCCCUUAAGAAGAGGAACAUGGCCGGGGUGCCCAAGGAGUACCGACCAACUUCGAGAUGAUAUGAUCUCCUUUCCCUCUCCCUCUCUCUUUCUCAUUCUGUUCUUAUAUCCCUUCCCUUCGCACAUAUUGUUCUGGGAUUAAUGGCAUCCAUGUCCAAAAUGUCACAUGAACUGAAAAUCUAUGUGUAGGAAAUACAUUUGUAUUUAAAGUACUUCCCUAUUCCCCUCCACCUCUUUAUUUGUCUCCUUAUUUUGCACAUCCCUUUUUCUUUAUUAGUUUAACUGGCUGAUUAUGACAACAGCAUCAUAAUGUAUACUGCUUUAGAAAUGACAUUUAGCUACUUCAUUGGGGAACUCAAAUAAGGACCAAUGAGAAGCACUUCCCCCUCUAUGCACAUGUAUGUGUUGUGCACUAUGACUUAACAUUAAGGUACAGUAGCUGUGUUGGAAGCACAUCCAAGUACAUAAUGGUUGGAUUACUGUCAGCUGACCACAAGGAGCAAAUUCCUGUUCAUCUGAAAGUGAUGAUUAAAAAGAACUCUAAGAAGUCUG